AUGGACCACAAGGACUUUUUUGUCACAGACAAUGGAAAGGCGUAUGGUGGAGUCGAGAAAGAGACAAAAUAUAGUACCAAUGGUCUAUCGGUGAUGACUGUUAGUGCCUCGUACUAUAGUAUUUUUAUUUAUAAAAAUGAUACUCUCUACCAUUCUAUUGGUCUUCAACAUAAAGUUUUUAAAAUAGUACUAAGUAGUAGCACUAUUGGACCAACGAUCGCUGCCGACGGCAACGGAACUGCUAGAUCACAGGCAGAUACAUUAAACAAUCCUCACGGCAUAUAUAUUGACGACGAUUUUAGUCUGUAUGUAUCUGACUGUUACAACGAACCAAACACAUCGACUGCGCCCGAAAGGCGCAUAAUACCUGACUGGAGUUAUUUCAUGUCAUCACACAAGCUAAAAAGCAAUUUAUACAUAUGGUGUUUGAUUCAGAUUCUCUUUUUAUGUGGUAGUGAGUCAAUUGCUAUCGAAAAUAAAAACAACUGCUCAUUAUCAAACAAUUCCAGCUUAAUCAUAUCUGAUCUGAAAACUCCAUUGUAUCGUUGUCGAAUUCCAGAAGUAUUGCCAAACAAUGAAAUCCAUGGUGUCUGUAGACAUGCCUGGAAUGAUACACGUAGAAACUCAUUUCACCACGAUGGUGUACACAUUAAUAACAUAACUGAUGACAGCUUCGUUUUGGAAUUGAUUGAUAGCUCACAUGUAGAUCCGAGAAAUCAUGUCCACCAGUGUAAUAGAUCAAAUCUACCAGAUGGUUGUAUAUAUACGUGUCUUAAUGUCGAAUUACAUUCAAUUUAUCAAGUUUCAUUGAUUACACCUGGUGUUUCACAAUUGUACGCAGUGACAAACAUGUAUUCAAGAGAAAGUCCAAUGGACAGGAGAAUAGGAAACUUUUCUUUCACACCUCCUUCUAGCAGUUAUGAUUAUAUUGAUUUACGAUGCUCUACAGAAGAUGCUUUCUGCUUUGAGCAGCAUUGGUUGAGUAACAUAACAAUCGGUUGUCAUCACUGUGACCAUAUCUCGUUAUUUCCUAUAACACGAGGUGUAAAGUAUAAUUGUAUCGCCUAUACUGUGAAGAACAAUAUUUUCCUCGCAGCAUCCAACGAUUUCCCUUUCGAAACUAUUCUUGAACCAGUUUUAUACAAUCUAUCAAGUCAAAUCAAUGCCAGUUCCGUUUAUUUGAAUUUCAUACCACAGAGUGAUUUCACCUCCGUAACAUUGGUUUGCAGUUCUCAUUUGAGCACGCCUGGUAGUUGCCCCUCGAUAUCGACGACAAGCUACAGCUGUUCUAAAAAUUUAAUAUUUAAUGGAACUCUUGGAUGUGAUUAUCAGUGCUAUUUCAAAACAGUCAAAAGCUAUUAUGAUGAUAGAUAUUCAAAUAUGUAUAUCUUAAGUUUUCUUCCCCCGAAGCCACGUAUUCAUACAGACGACAAAAAUUCGACAUGGAUAUCAGUUACUUGGUCAUUAGAUAACAACGUAUAUGUACACUCAUUCGAUCUAUUCAUCAACUCUAUCAAUUUCCCAAAUAUAGACCAUUCGUAUCGUUCCCACUACUUUCCAAAUCUUUCACCAAAUAAAAUGUAUGAGAUUUACAUACGGUUAAAUGCAAAUCAUCAAGUGGAGUCGGAUCGAAUCUAUGUGAAAACAUUAGAAGAUGCACCUUUACAUCCGAGUUCCACUGACAUAUUUAACAAAAUUGUUCCCUGGUCUCAUGGCCCAUUGUCUACGACGGAACAGAUUGAAAUUACUAUCGACUUAUCACUGUUCUCACAUGAUUACGGAUUUGUUCAUCACUAUAUGAUUUAUGUACGUCAAGAUCAGUGGCGUUAUUCUGCCGUACCCUAUAUGAAUGGUACAUACGCUGAGGCAUGGAACAAUCCUUCUAUUGAUUAUUUAGCUGCUGUUAUACCCGUAUACUCACAAGAUAAGCAAUCUGAGACACACAAAUUAAUACUCGGAAGUGAAGUAGGAUGUUAUUAUUCGUCUCCUUGCAAUGGCAAACUCAAACAAAACACUGAUUAUAAAAUCAUCGUUGGUGGUUGCUCAAAAGGCGGUUGUACUUAUGUGAUAUCAAGAUCGUUUCGAACAUAUGUUCCCUAUGAUGACCCAGAAUCUGCAAAAUCCAUAGCAUGGGUUGCCGUCUUUCCAGGUGUAGCAGUGCUCAUCGUUAUUAUAGGUUUAUUAAUCUGCAAACGCAAAGCUAUCAAAAAGUGUUGCUGUCGAAGAACAAAUAAGAGCGAUUCAAAUGCAGUAAAGGCAGAUUUUCAUGACAUAAAACCAACGGUAUCACCAAAUGAAUAUGCUUGUUCAGAAAUGCAACCUAAGCUAUUAGUCGACUACAUAAGUUUAACCGAUGAGAAUAAACAAAAUCUAAUAAAUCAAUUCCAGGAAUUGCAAAAUCUAGAGCCAAAAUAUGAUGCGAGACAUCAAAAAUGGACUGAUGAUUUAUACGAUCGAUACAGUGAUAUACCAUCACGUGGUCCUUGGAGCAAAACUGCAGUUCAUUUGACUGGUCAACAUCGUCAACACGACUACAUCAAUGCCAACGAAAUCCGAGGUAUUCAUAGUCCUAAACAAUACAUCGCUUGUCAAGGUCCACUUGAGAAUACAUGUGAAGACUUUUGGGAUAUGGUCAUGCAGUAUGAAGUAACGAAAAUAGUCAUGCUGUCCAUCUUUGAUCAGCUGAAAUGUUAUCCAUACAUUCCGAUGAAGAAAAAUCAAUCGUUGCAUUUUGGUAAGAUUAAAAUAGAAACGAAAGAUAUUCAGCAUCAUUUGAAUAAUCAAUUGGAAACGCGUCAAUUACUUGUCAAACGAGGAAAUACUGUGUUGCAUGUGAUGCAUUAUUUGUAUACAAAUUGGUCUGGCUUCGCCGUGAUUGACAGCCAAUCGGUACUCGAUUUAAUCGAAAUAGUUAAUCAAACGACAACUUUUCCGAUUGUUGUACAUUGCAGUUCGGGCACUGGUCGAACAGGAACGUACAUUGCUAUUGACAUUAUCAUUCAUCUAUUAAAUCAGUCAAAUGUUGACCUCUCGACGAUGAAAUUAGAUGUAAUGGGGAUCGUCAAUCAGUUGAAACAUGAAAGAAUCCAUAUGGUACAAACUCCGGAACAAUAUUUGUUGAUUCAUAGCUGUAUUGAAGACUAUUUGAAGAAACAAAAUCGACUAAGUUUCCUGGCAAGAGGUUCGCAUCUAUAUGAACGGAUCAAUGAUAAUCUUACUGACGCAGCUGAUGAACAAUGCUUGGAUUUAGAUCAAGCACAAAAUGUUCAGUAUGAUAACAUUACUAUAGCUACUAAGAAACUCAGUGGUACUUAUUGCAUUCCAAAUGAUGACUCUUAUUAUACAAAGUCAUCUGUAGACAACGAUCCGACACAAAUAACAAUCAAGAAUUUUUAA